GUUUUGUUUGACAAUACAAUUCGCUUUUAGCGAAUUUAUAAUACGCUUUUUGAGUGACUGAACAAAGUAUUGAAAUAUAUUUUAGCUUACUUACUUUUAAUUGCUUGUUUGCUUCACAUUUCAUGAAACUUCCAAAUAAUCUAGGUUUUCGUCAUAUGUUCUUAUUUUAUUCAUAACUUGUAUCAUGGCACAAUUCAGGCCCGCCGGUUUGUCAGAUGAAGAUUCAGAUAGUGAUGAUUAUGGAUUUUAUGAAAAGCCACCAAAAUCAUAUUUCCACACACAACAAAAUCAAAGAAAAACUGUAGAAAAUAAAUUACAGGACGCUAUUAUUAAUGGCAAUCUGAAAGAAGUAGAAAUAAUUGUUCUCAAUGAUCUGAAUGACAAUGUUAACUUGAAACUGGAUAGUGGAUGGACAACUCUCAUGCAUGCAUGCUUUCAUGCACAAGACAGAAUUGUUGAAUUUUUAUUGAACAAAGGUGCUGAUGCUAAUUUACAUGCAGAUUCAGUGACACCAAUAAUGGCUACUUGUUCUAACAGCAGUGCCAAUAAUGAUGCAAUAUACAGCAUUAUAACAAACCUAUUAGAUAGAAAUUGUAUUUUGAAUAUUGGUGAUAAAUAUGGCCAAACUCCACUUAUGAGAGCCAUUAGUAGUGGCCGUGUUGCUGUUGUGCAGAAGUUAUUGGAAAAGGAUGUGAAUAUUGAAAUGAGAGAUCAACAGGGUUGGACUGCACUGUUUUGGGCAGUUCACCACAAUCAACCAGAAAUCCUCGAAAUGCUAAUUGCUCAUGGAGCAAGACUGACUGAAGUGGACAGAUCCAGUAGAACACCCUCUGAUAUUGCAUUAUCACAUGACUAUCAGAACAUAAUUGAAAUUAUGAACAAACAUUUGAAAAUUGAUGAUACUGAGGAGACAAAUAAAAAUGUAUAUUUGAACCAACUUAGGUCUUGGUAUGACUAUUAUCCUGGGGUAAAGACAGGAGAAAAGUUGGAUUAUGAAGGUGAAAUUCCCAAUUUGCUCUAUGGCAUGAACUGUGAACGUCUUGGACCUCUCAUUGAUAGUAGUACAAUAGAUCUCAGAACAUUUCUGCUUAUGGAGGAAGACGAUAUGAUUAAAUUAGGUAUUGAUAUGCCUUUUGAAAGACAAAGACUAAAAUAUGGAUUACGUAAUUUUCACUUGAGGGGCUGGAAAUUAAAUGCAGUGGCUGGUUUAUAUGCUCGAAAAGUGGACAGUUACAGUGUUUUAGAUUGUCUAACAACUUUAGGAACCCAUCUACAACAAAUAUAUGUAUUGGAAGCAACACUACAAUAUACGCUACGUGAAUAUAUUAAGAUUCAGAACCAAAUAAAGUUUGAGCCUCCUGAUUCACCAUUGAUUAUAAAAAUGAAAAAUGCUGCCAAAAAGAUGUUGACAAAUAUCAACAGUGUUAGGAGAGAAAUUAAAAACAUGAGGAGCGUUCUCACUAGGAUAAGCAAAAGCAACCCACAACCGGCCGAUCUAAUUCGAGCAAAAUCAACUCAAGAAAUAGCAAUGGGAUACAUCACUGAUGCAUUAGUGGUAUGCAGUCUUGUUAUAUUUGCAUAUCACGCCAGAGGUUAUAUCACAAACAUCCUAAAGAAAUAGAAAAGUUAAUAUUAUAUUCUUUAUUUUCUGUUAUUGUCUUUUCUUUUAUUCUCGAGAACACGUGACAUAGUAGUUUACUACUCUGAUUUAUUUAGUUCGAAUCUGGCCGACACUAAAAAAUCUUCGUCUAUGUAUUUAUGUCUAACUUACUCUCUGGUGAAGUAAACACCGAUAUAAAAAUAAGUUUGUCACGUUUUCAUUAUCGAUUCAAAAUAUACUGAGAGAAAUGUGGGCACGUGUUGCGUACACAACA